UAUUUGCCUAGUUUACCGCGGGUUUUGAUGGAUACGUUACAAUCUCACAUGUAAAUGGCCAAUGAAAGACUUAUUAAGAACCUCGUAUUCCCUCAUAAAAGGCAAAAUUGCGCCUUCAGUUGCAAAACUUUCUCUAAGAAAUACAAUUCUCAACGUAUUUAGUAAGGCAAAGGUAGUCAAUCCUCUAGACUCGAUUCGAAACCCCCCUGCAACUACAAAAUUUGCAUUAAAAAAUGCAUAUAUACCACUUACCCGCAGGACGCUUGUUCGAGAGUUACUACAGGACAGUAGUACAGUGUUACCAUCCGAAAGAAAAAGCUUCGAAAAAAUAGCCAUUUUUCUUGACAAAAAGCUAGAGAGCCAGUUUCAGAACUUACAAAAUGAAUUUUCGAUUCUAUCACAUCCUAUUGAUGCUUUAAAUCAUUUAGAACAAAUCAAUUCAUCAUCAUCACCAUCAUCGAUUGAUACAACUAAUAAUUCCGAUGAACUUGACAAAGAAUUCUGGCUUCUUCGUCGAUUAACCGAUAUUGCUCCUAUAGCUGGUUUCAUUGAAGUACCUCAACAACAAUUACAAAAUGCAUGUCAUUCAAUCAAAUCAAAACAUCAUGGUUUAGUGGCCUAUGUUGAUCCAAACGAUUAUGAUGUAUUACGUUUUUGGAUUCGUGGAUUUCAUCCCAACUUGAAUGUUCUACCAGCUUGUUCCACUGUACUCAAUCGGAAUCAUUAUCAUGAAAGUAAACAAGGCACAAUGAAAAAAUUAUUCCUGAAGAUUUGUAAAUUAUAUAAUACAUUGGAACGAUCAAUAAAACGUAGUUAUUCACCAAAUAUACACGGUUAUGAAUCAAUGGAUUCAUUUACUAGUAAAUUUUAUUUCAAUCAAGUAUUAAUGUGUGUACGACGUAAAAAUAGUCAUAAUUUAGAUUUGAAAUUGUUUGAAAAUGUACCAGUUACUGGUAUUGUACGUAAUGCAACAUUCGCUGAUAAUUUAUUAUAUCUUUUACCGAAUUUACGUACCAUUCCAUUGAGUGAUAAUGCACGUUUAUUGAUUUUAUUAAGUACAAGUACAGCUUUAUGUUGUUUAAGUGUAAUUAGUCCGCUAGCUUGGUUAUUUGAUUCAAAUAAUUAUGAUUUAGUUUUAGCAUGGUCUAUAACUGCAACUGCUUCUGCUAUCACGACACUAUCUAUAAUAUGGGCUCGUUAUUGGCGUGCACAAACUAAUUUAGCUAAUAAUUUAAAAUAUAUGCAAUAUCUGUGUUGUCAAAGCUCUGGACUGCAAUCAAUCAAUAUUUUAUUGAAAUUAGCCCAUGAACAAGAAUUUAAAUCAGCUUUACUUACUUAUGCAUUAUUGUUAAGACCUACAGACAGUAAUACAGCUUUAACUCCUAUGCAAUUGGGUUUUCGUGCUGAAUCAUGGAUUGCUAAACGUUUGACACCUCAAUCGCAUAUAUCACUGACAUCAUCCAUCGGUGCAUUGAUCACAAAUAAUACAUCAUCAGAUUCAACACAAUUUACCGGUGGUUCAGGUCCAUUAUUCGAUUUAUCAUUUGAUGCUAACAGAUCAUUACAAAUACUGCGACGUUUAGAUCUUGUACGUGGUUCCAAAUUAUCACCUAGUGCAGUGACACCGGAUACAGCGUCAGUGGAUAUACCCAAUGAUACUGUAUCUAAUUCCAUUGGAUUAGAUCGUCUUUGGGUAAUGGAUCCAUUAAGUAAAGAAUCGGAAUUAGAUUCGGCAAAAUCUAAUUAAUGUUUUGAGUUUUAUAUUAGAGUAGUUAGUUUACUGUUGUUAUCGUUGUUGUUGUUACAGUAGCCAAUUGACUAAUUAUUAUUCUUCUUCUCUUUAUGUGAACACUUGUCUAAUGUUAUGUAAUUUUCUCUCUCGUGACAAUAAUGCCCCGAAUAGGAACAUCAUAUCAACACCAUUUAAUUUAUGGAUAGGAUACACAAAAACUGAUUACAUAUACAUAUAUAUAUGUAUGUAUUUUUAAUUAUCUAUGAUAAUUUCUUGUUUAUUUCUGAAAACUAGUUUUUUUCCCAUCUUUCUCGCUCUCUCUCUCACUCUAUCUCUUUGAUCAUUACUUCUUAUCGUUUUAUUUGAAAAUUUUAGAAAUUAUGUGUGUAUUGUAGUAUAUAAACAAACCCCCUACGAGACGAUAAUACUUUCGACUAUCCCUCUAUCUAUCUGUAUUGCACAAUUGAUUUCAAAAUGUUUUCUCAAUACUGACUUUAUCUUUUUUUGACACAUAGGUUACAAUUAUUUAAAACGUAAUAAUACAUAUAGAUCUGUUGAAAUCAAAACAUUUAUAUAAACUAGUACAUGUUCUAUUCAACAACACUAUUAUUAUACUAACUGUACAAUUUAAAUAAUAUUAAACGAGAAUACCUAAUCGGAAUAUCCGGGUGGAAAUUGUACUGAAUAAAGAAAAUGCAAAGUUAUAUCAAGAAACAUAAAACUUUUCAAUAAGAUGUCACAGAAAAACCAGUCAUAUGACAAAUUAAAAAUUUUAAACAAAAUACAACGACUUGAUUAUAGACCAC